AUGGUGCAUUUUCAGCUUAGUUUACGCAUUCCUAUAUGCUUCAUUAUCACUAUCCAAGGCAUAACUGCCCUCGCCCCUCAGCAAAUCCUCACCGAUAAUGGAGAUACACACCCUGCUCAUCUACCCUCUCAGCAGAGCACACUGUCUUAUUGGCUCCGUGAACCAUCUAAGGCUCUCCUAGGGCAUCACUCAACAGAAGAACUUCCUAGCUAUGCCGACGUCGUUGUAGUUGGUAGUGGGAUAGCGGGCUCAUUCGGCGCACGCGAGCUCGUCCAGGGAGGCAAAAACGUCCUCAUGCUUGAAGCUCGUGAGGCAUGCUCUGGUGCCACAGGGAGAAAUGGUGGUCAUUGUAGGCCCGCCAUAUAUUCUACUACAAGACCGAUUGCUCACUUCGAGCUGGACACCUACAACUUCCUCAAGGACCUGGUCGCGGAGCACAAUAUAUCAUGCGAUUGGCAAUCAGCAGGCGCUGUGCUAAGUUUUCCAAGCGAGGAACAGAGCUACGCGGCGGCACAAAAGAUCGAGGCUCUCCGUAAGACAGAUCUAGCCCUUGCCAGCAAAGUGCACCACUACAAUUCAACUAGAGAUCUCAAUCGUCUGCGCCUUGUUAACAUGGCAGGUGCAGUCGAGCAGCCAGAUGCUGCUAAACUUUGGCCGUACAAGCUUGUCGCUUGGGUUCUUGAAAGACUGCUGGAGGCCGGGCCAGAUAGAUUCAACUUGCAAACCAACACACCGGUAGAGACUCUCCAAAAAGAUGGAGAAUACUGGCUGCUCAAAACACAACGGGGCACUGUUCGCGCCAAAGACGUGUUGCUAGCUACAAACGCAUACACAUCACAUCUGCUACCUAAGAUGAAAGACCUUAUUUAUCCGGUUCGGGCUCAGGUGGCUGCUCUUACACCACCUGCAGAUGCUAUUCCUCUGCCUCACACUCACGUCUGGUACGUUGGGGGUGAAGGACUGUCGUCGGAUGUCUAUCUUAUUCAAAGACCGGACGAUACACUUAUAAUUGGUGGUCUUCGGCAUAGCGCGCCUGAUGGAGAGGAAAGGGUCGAUCACGAUGACACUGUAAAUGAUAUCAUCCGCGAUCAGCUCUAUGAUGCCUGUCACGACGCCCUCAAGCUACGACCUCGAUGCGCUGCAGAACCAGUGACAUUACCGUCGACCAUGGACUGGACAGGAAUUAUGGGCUUCUCUAAGGAUGAAAAGCCUUGGGUGGGCUCCGUCCCUGAAAUUCUCGGUGGUGGCAAAGGACUCUGGAUCGCAGCUGGAUUUACAGGCCACGGCAUGCCUGUUGCAGCCAGAUCUGCUAUGGCCAUGGCGCAGCAGAUCAUGGGCCGUCCCGAUGAGAUUAGACUACCGCAAGAGUACUUGAUCACUGACGAACGGAUUCAUAAAUAA